CACGAUCUCUAGAGCACGCUUCGCUUUGCUACUACGCACAACACAAAGAUUUUAAAGUUUCGUUCAUCAUUUCCGGUCGAUUCCGCAGCAUGGCGCGCUCUUCCAGAUCUCUUGCCUUUGUAUCUUCGUUUGUGAUUCUUCUCUGCAUCAGCGGAGCGAUUGCUGGAAGCAGGCUCGAGUGCGAGGAUCUACCUCCUCAGGACUGCGCGUUUGCCGUGUCCACCAUGGGAAACCGAUGCGUUCUAGAAAAAUUCAUAGCUCAGGACACCAGCGCCAUCUACGAGUGCCAGACAUCCAAUGUCAUGGCCGAGAAGCAAGAGGCCUGGAUCGAAUCCGAUGAGUGCGUCAAGGAGUGUGGAGUGGAGAGGAUGUGGGUGGGAUUCUCCAGCGAUGGCCUCGCCAACCGCAACUUCGUCAACAGGCUCUGCUCGCCAGUGUGCCAGAACAAUUGCCCCAACAUUGUCAAUCUUUUUGAAAGCCUCGCUGCCGGAGAAGGUGUCAAUCUUGCCGAGGUUUGCAACUACGUGAGACCCAGUGCUCACAGGAUCCUUGCCGAUUCUCUCCUCUUCAAGAACACCCAGUUUGUUCUCCAAUCUUUGGCUGGCGCGGCUGCUCCGCAAGCUGCUAUUUCCGCAGAAUCGAUCACCUUGGCACCAGCUCCAGCUCCAAGCACCAACUAGAGGAGACAUUCUCGAUAGAUCAUGUUUAUAGUUCGUCUGCGGUAGAGAGAUUGAUUUUUUGUUUGGAGAAGGUUCCAUACGAUCCCGUGCGCUGAGAUUGUGGUAGAAACUCUCCAAACCGACAUUGAUUCUUUUCAUAAAUUCUAGUCAAUAAACACAUUCGGUCAAAAGC